AUGCAGGCUGAUUCUGCCUCAACCACGAGCACGACGUACCACUUCAUUGUGGCGAACGCCAAGUUCAUGCUGGACGAGGAGGAGCACUUCCAGGAGCAGCUUAAGGAGCGACUCAGGUGGCUGCACGAACAGGGUCGCCCGCAGGACUUCUGGCUCGUGUACGAGCCCGAGUUUCUCGCGAGCUUCCCUGAGAUCGCCAAGCGAGUGAACAGGCCUGCUGUGGCUCUUGUCACCACCGACGCUGUUUGGAUGACGUUUAUGAAGCUGAGAUUGGACCGUGUUCUCAGGGGCGAGUUCGAGUGUGACUCCCAGGAAGAGGCCUUGAAAUCACUUCCCAUUGAGAACAACUACAAGCCUGCCAAGUGGGACGCUCCUUAUCCCAAGUAUCAGUCGGACUGGUGGACACCGUACGCCGCUCCCUCGGUUUCUGGGAGGUCUUGA